AAAUGAAUUUGAACCGGCAGAACAUGAUGGAGCAAUUUCUAGAGACUGUUCGCUUGUUCCCCUUUCUAUAUGAUAAAACCCAUCCGGAUUAUAAAGACAAGGACGCCAAAAUGAACCGGUGGGCGAUCAUCGGCAAAACAUUCGAUCUGACUGGUGAGUUGUUUUCAUUCUUUAUCUGAGCUUCCGCUGAAUGUUCACGUCGGCAGGAAUGUGCGGGGGUGAGCACACUUGUUUAGAGUGCUCUAGCGGUGUGCUGCGGAGCAAAUGAGAUGGAAUCUCGGUUUCCUACGGGCAUGGUGAUUUUGCCUGAGCGGUUCGCAUGUCUUAUCAGGCUGCGCGCUUCGUACAGCGCCGCCUGAGCACUCAAACAAGUUGCUCAUCUUUUCAUUUUGCAACCUUUCUUGGUGAUAAACAGUGGCAUUUCUGCAGGACCGCAAGCAGCCGCAAAAUUUAAAAAUGUGAAAGAUCGGUGGCUCAAAAUUGUGUCGGCGUCGGAGGGGGCCCGGAAAAGUGGCGCCGGAGGAGAGGCCGCAAAGGUCCACACGAAGUGGCCAGUUUUUGACAUCGUGGAUGGCAUGCUGAGGCACUCGCCACAUUAUGCGGAAAGGUCUUUAUCAAAUGUGUCCCCAGAAGAGGACGUCUCCAUUCCGCCAUCUCCACUGUCAUCGAACAGCCCUUCCAGUCCGAGUCUGGUGGCCAGCUGUAUAUCAAGCCCGGCUGCUAUGCUUCUUCAAGAAAUGUACUCUGACAGCCCCAAUGAUUUUACUGAUGAAGACGAUUUGAGCCUCCCCAGCACAUCAGAAGGUGCGGCAUCUGCUGCUGGCUCUUCAGGGUUGUCAACUUCACAAGCAGGAGCCGCUGCCCCAGAUCCAGGGUCUGCCAAAAGGCGAGCAGCCAAUGGACGUUCCUCUAGGACCAAAAGAAGGCAGUCUGACAGCUUCGACGAAGCAGUGAAAGAUGUCUUGGGCAGCUGCUCAGCUACGCUGUUAGCACAAAAAAAAAAGAAAAGCCGGCACCGACAGAUGACGGUGACGAUACAGCAAACUGGAUAGCUGCUAAGCUGAGGAUGCUACCAAAUAAAAAAAGAUGCGAGGUGACAUUCAAGAUCCACAAGCUGCUGUAUGAAGCCGAAAUGGAGCAGUAUG